AUGCUGCUACUCUUGCGUCUCUUCAAGUCAUUUGCAGCUCCGCCUCGACUUCCAGUGGUGACCGACACCGUUAAAUUUGCAUAUCAGGACCUGUUGCGCUUUGGACUCGUUUCAGUGGCAGUGAUCGCGUGCCUUUGCUUGAAUGCGGUCCUUCUUUUUGGCAGAGAUGUCGAAGCAUUUGGGAAAUUUGCUUCGCUCUUUGCACAGCUCUUUUCGGAUGCUUUUCGGAGAUUGGGAUUGGGCUCACAUGGCUAUUUAAUGUUAUUGAUGAAAUUGUGGUUUACCGUUUACCAUGUUCAUGGUGCUUUGUGCUAUCAUUCUGCUCAAUAUGCUCUUGGCCAUUAUUCUGGACAACUACAUGGAUGUAAAAAGAGUCUCAGCUUCUGCUCAAUCCUUGACGGAUCAGUUUCAUAA